AUCAAAGCAGCACGCGGGAGGUCUAGGUCGAGGCCACGUUCUACGCUCUAAUCAAUGCCAAGAGACCAUUACUGCUCCAAGGCGACGUACUGCAGGUGACAGGGCAGUUUCUGGACAAGGUAACUCGACAUACGACUGCCCAUGCCAUGUACGAAUCAUACCAAUCGAUGGAAGAAUCAAUUGAAUUGGAUUACACCAUCAUCGACGUAUGGGUACAGUGGCUUAUUGAGGUGUUUGAGCUUGCAAGUCCCCAGAUUUUGAGGGCUGCUAGGAGUGCAUACAAAGACAGCAUUGUUUGUGACGAGGACGGCCUAUCGACAGAUCCCGUGGAUCUAAUACCGGUGACUGUGGACGCUCUCUGGCACACGUUAAGCGCGGACUGCGUAGCAAGAGAUGGGUGGGACACUUCUACAGCCCAGGAAGAUCAUGAGCAGACAUUUCAUCUCUUCCUGAGCAGCUGCCUCUUUCUCUCGCAAAAGGAGGUUGAGGGACCUUUGUGGGACACUGCAAAGACCAUACUAGAGAAGAGCAAUGGUGAGUGCCCAGACUAUGAUAGCGACUGGGGAUGCGCAUUCGGCUCUGCUACUCAAGGCCGGCGAUUCGCAACGACUGCUCAUGGACGGUUCGCGCUCAUACCUGCGGCGACAGGCGAGGGAGAUGAGAUCGUGCUCAUCGCCGACAGCCCUUACGUAAUUCGCGCAGCGGGCAACAAAGACGACGGGUACAUUUUGCUUGGGGACUGUUACGUCCACGGGAUCAUGCAGGGCGAGGCUCUGGACGAGUCACCUUUGGUCGACAUCCCUCUUGUAUAG